AUGUCAAAUAAAAAGCAAAAGAAACAAGAAAAGAAAAUAUCUCGUAAAUCAAUUCAUUACAUUCAACUUCGAACUCAUCGACAAUGGCCCAAUCAAUUGAAUUAUAUGUCUCAUUUAGAAGUAUAUAAUUCGAAAAUAAAACCGAUAACAUAUGAUAUUGAUCGUCUUUUAAAUAACAAAUGGAUUCAUAUUCGACAACCACAAGUAAUUAAUCAAUUCAAUGAAAUUUAUCAACAAGAAAUUAAAAAUUAUUUUUUGCAUAGAAUAAAUUUAAUUGAUUAUAAAUAUUCUUGUUUAAAUAAUCAAUUUGAUGAAAAUAAUAAAUUUAUACGAGAAGUUUUUCUUCGUUCAAGUGAAAUAAUAGAUCAUCUAUUAUAUUUAUAUAAGCAAAUAGAAAAUAGUGAACGUCAAAUUUAUGAAGAUCAUUUAAAUAUAUUAAAAUAUGAAUUUGAACAAGAACAAAACUCUUUAAAACAUUUAUUUAUUGAUCAACAUUUUAAUGAACUUGAUAAUCAAAUAAAUAUUUUAAAUGUUAUUGAACAAGAAGAUAUUAUUAAACAAUUUAUACAAUUUCAAUUUGAUAAACAACAAUUAGAAGAAAAAUUUGUUAAAGAUAUCACUAUGUUACAUGUUAAUUUUAAAACACAAACUGAUUUUUUAAGAUCAACUAUAAAUAAAGUUAGUUUUAAUAAAAUACUUUUAUUUAUUCAAGAUUACCUCAAUAAUUAA